GAAGGGGAAAAAAGAGAAGGAAAAAAAACGAAAAGAAAAAGAGAAAUGGCAUGCUCUUGUGCGGCCAGCAAUGGCUUAUUAACGAGCCAGUCCCUGCUAAAAUCCCCGAGUCGCCGUUCAAAGAGAAGAACUUUAGCAUUCACAUCGAUCAGAGCAUCGACCGAGAGCAUGAGCAGCGCGGUGGAGAAGCUGGGCAUCAAGGUCGAGAGGAACCCUCCCGAGUCUAAGCUCGCUGAGCUCGGCGUACGCAAAUGGCCCAAGUGGGGUUGCCCUCCAAGCAAAUUCCCAUGGACAUAUUCCUCCACGGAGACUUGCUAUCUUCUAGAGGGAAAGGUGAAGGUCACUCCAGAAGGAGCAAACGAGGCUGUCGAGAUUGGUGCAGGUGAUCUGGCUGUGUUCCCAAAAGGAAUGAGCUGCACUUGGGAUGUCUCGGUCGGCGUCAACAAGCACUAUAACUUUGAGUAGGUAUGCCCUUUUGAUGGAGCAUGCUUUCCCCCUUACUUAGAAGAGUUCUAUAUGUAGUGCUGUUUUGAGAUUUGGCCCAGAGAAACUCAAGUUGUUACUCAGUUGUGUGCUGCCAUGCGGUCUCUAGAUUGUUAUGGUGCCUUAGCAUGUUAACUCGUACGUUUUUCUCAAAAUCUUUUACCUUGGCUCUGAAUUUCAAAAA